AAUGAUUGGGUGGCUAUGAUUCUCUAUCCAAAAGAAAAUCGAGUGAACGGAUCUCCUCUCAUCACUUUGUCUCCUCCUCUUCUUCUAAUUGUGAUGCAAAAGGUCUUAGUUCUUUUGGCCAUGGAUACUUGUGCUCUAGUGAUCCAUCAGUCUCUGUCUCGCAUCAAACUUUCCACUCCCUUCUCCAUACCGACAAGACGGAUUCAGAAGCAGCAGCUGUGUUUCCGAGGAGCUAGUAUACUUGCCGCCGUACAAAGAAACUACGAAGAAACGAUCCCCUCCGUGGAAGACGACGACGAUGAUGAGGAGUCGUCAUCGUACGGAGAAGUGAACCGGAUCAUUGGGAGCCGAAGGGCGGCGGAAUUAGGAGCCAUGGAGUACCUUAUCGAGUGGAAGGACGGCCAUGCUCCCUCGUGGGUUCCAUCCAGCUGCAUCGCAGCAGACGUGGUGUCGGAGUACGAGACCCCCUGGUGGACCGCCGCUAGGAAAGCCGACGAGCAGGCCCUGUCACAGCUUCUCGAGGACCGCGACGUCAACGCCGUAGACGAAAACGGCAGAACGGCUCUGCUUUUCGUGGCAGGUCUGGGUUCGGACAAGUGCGUUAGACUUCUGGCGGAGGCUGGAGCCGAUCUUGACCACCGAGACAUCAGGGGCGGCUUGACGGCGCUGCACAUGGCUGCUGGUUACGUGAAGCCGGACGUUGUUGCUGCGCUGGUGGAGCUCGGCGCUGAUUUCGAAUUGGAAGACGAGAGAGGUUUAACGGCCUUGGAACUAGCCAGGGAGAUUCUGAAGACGACGCCUAAGGGGAAUCCGAUGCAGUUCGGGAAGAGGCUUGGGUUAGAGAGAGUGAUCAGUGUUCUGGAAGGACAAGUGUUCGAGUACGCCGAGGUGGAGGAGGUUGUGGAGAAACGAGGGAAAGGCAAAGACGUUGAAUAUCUGGUCCGAUGGAAGGACGGUGGAGAUUGCGAGUGGGUCAAAGGUGUACACGUGGCGGAGGACGUCGCCAAGGACUACGAGAACGGGCUGGAGUACGCUGUAGCCGAGAGAGUCAUCGGGAAGAGGAUUAACGGAGACGAUGGGAACACCAUCGAGUAUCUUGUCAAAUGGACUGAUAUGGCUGAUGCCACCUGGGAGCCUCAAGACAACGUCGACUCUACACUUGUUCAACUCUACCAACAACAACAAGAGGAGGCCCAGCAGGGCAUAGGUAUACUUUGAAUUCUGCUUGCCUUUUUUGGGGAAGAUUCAACAUCCUCCCUCAUAUGAUGCACUAGUCAAUCAUCAUUUGUCAGCUGUGUACAAGUGUUCCCCAAACAUAUCUCAAAGCAGAGCUCUUUCAUCAUCUUUCAGCUGUGUACAAGUGUUCUCUCUUUACUUUAAUCGCGUUUUUUUUGUGUGUUGCAACUUGUAAGUAAUUCACUCUUCUUUUUGUUUUUUUUACCACUAGUUCAGUGAAUCCUUUUUCCUGUCAAGUUUCAGAAGAUAGACCUUACAUUCACUAGUGAACUUCAAAUUCUGUGGGCACGGAAUGUGAUUCAUGACUCUACCAUCCGACGACGGCAGUUUAUUCCAUCCAGCCGUUCUGAUCUCGUUGCUUGAAUUUUUGUCAUUGCAACCAAUUACAAUUUGACACAUUGGAAGGAGAAUUCCUGACCUGCACUGUUUAUUUCAUACAAUAAAAAGAGUACACGUAUUUUUAGCA